CUAAACGAAACAAAACAAUAUAUCUGGAAAAUUGAAAAACUUGAACAAAAAAGGUGUUUACAUUUGUUUUGGCUGCACAUAAUGUCAGAACUCGUUGUUGUGCCGCUUGCGUUUCUUUAGUAUUCGUUCGAUAAUUCAAAAUUGGUAUUUUGAUAUUUCUACAACCCUGCAACAAACGCUGCGAUAAAGAGGCGCUAUAAUUAGCCGGCAUUACUCACAAGAUAAUACCUUCCUCGACUCCACAAUCCCCCAAAGGUGUGUGUGCCAUGCGGCGGCAGGUCCUUUUGCUGCUCCAACUGGGCAUCGUUGUAAUGGCGGCCCAGGCGUACGACAAGGAGAUGACCGUCUAUGUGGACGCCGGUCGGCAGGAGUGCCUGUACCACACGGUGCGCGAUGGCGAAACCAUUGACUUUGAGUACCAGGUGAUCGAUGGCGGACACGGCGACCUGGACAUUAGCUUCACGCUGCUGGAUCCCAUCGGUCUGGUGGUGGUGAAGGAUUUCAAGAAGCCGGAGAACAUCCAUCGCCACGAGGUGACCAAAGAGGGUGACUAUCGUUUCUGUUUCGACAACAGCUUCAGUAUGUUUAACCGGAAGACCGUCUUCUUCGAGCUGAUUGUGGAACGCGAGGGCGAGGAGCUGCAGGGGGACACCCAGUGGCAUGGAGUGGACGACCUGGCGGGGUUGUCGCGGGACGAGUACUACGACAUGAAGGUGCAGGACAUCAUGGACUUUAUCGGUCGCAUCCGUUUGCAGCUGAACAAGGCGCGACAACUGCAGGAUGUGCUGCGUUCGCACGAGGCGCGAGAUCGCAAUUUGGCCGAAUCGAACUUCCAAAAGGUCAAUCAAUGGUCUAUGCUGCAAAUCAGUGCCAUGAUCGGUGUGGGCCUCAUCCAGGUCUUUAUGCUGCGCAGCAUCUUUGCCACCACCGGAAGAAUGCAUCAUAUCUGGCGAAAGCUGGGCAUUUGAUGGAUUCCGGGAGCAGAAGGAGUAGCAGCCUCUACCAAAGAUGUGCAUUUAUGUUGCCAGGAAGCUAGCUAGUUAGACUGUAAUUUCAUUCAGCUUGCCAUUAUCAUUUGUAGCUCAUUAGGUUCUAUAUGUAUUAAUGAAGUAUAUAAUGUAUAUCUCUAUAUAUUAUAUAUGCGGGUGUGUGUGCCUGAGUGUAUGAGAGGACUGUGUGUGCGCGUGUGUGGGAGGCAUUGUUAAACGAAAGCAAUUGUAUUUAUUAAGCCAAAAGUUGAGUUUGAUAUUAAAUUUAACGUUGAGGUAUCACUGA